AAGAGACCUCUCCGGCACACCAGCAGCCCCUCUGUCGCACUUUGGGAUUUAUCUCGCUUUUUCUCUCAUACCCCCGGCUUUGUUCUGCAUUUAGACACAUUAUCUCCCUUUGCAUCGUCGAAAUGGCAACACGAAUUGACAAAGAGGCUUGCAGAGAGGCAUACAAUCUGGUGCGAGACGACAGCUCAGGUAUAUGCUGGGCAUGUUUUAAGUAUGACGGAUCUACAAUUGUACCAGGCGGGCAUGGGUCCGACUAUGAAGAAUUCAAGAGCCAGUGUACAGUGGACUCCCGUGUGUUUGGUUUUGUGAGGAUAAUGACGGGUGACGCCAUGAGCAAGCGUUCUAAGUUCACCUUCAUCACCUGGAUUGGUGAGAACAUCACCGGCCUGCAGAGAGCCAAGAUCAGCACCGACAAGGCACUGGUCAAAGAUGCCGUGCCGACCUUUGCCAAGGAGUUUAUGAUCAGCGACCCCAAAGAGCUGGAGGAAGAAUACCUACGUACUGAGCUCAAGAAAGCUGGCGGCGCCAACUAUGAUGCCCAGGCUGAAUAAAACUUGGGGAUGGGUUUCCACUGGGUUGAAUGACAUACACACACACACAAACAUACACACACAGGGCAAAUAUCCAUACCUCAUUUUUCUCGUCAGUCUGGCUACGGUUGAUUUAUCUACUGUACUGUGCAUCAUCUCAGUGCUAUAGUGCUCUCAUCUCUUUUCUUCAGGGGCGUUUUGUAAGUCUUUUCUGAGAAUGCUCUUUCGGUUCAUCACUGUGAUAUGCUUUCAGAAUCACUGGAGAGCAUACGAGUCCAGCGUUGUUUUCUAAAGGGGGUUCUUGUGAAUCGGAUUCCUCCAAAACAGACCACUGUGUUUACGGUCUUGAUCUUCUAUAGAGAGCAAGACAUUGUGGAAUGUGUGCAUUUGUGUAUGUGUGCGUUUGCAGACACUGUACUGUGAUUGGCUGACUUGCAUGCAAGGGGGUGGGGCUUUAAAUGAAUCCCGUAGCCCCGAUUGGCUGUUUCGCUAUCUCUCCACCUCACCGAUGAAAAGCCAUUUCUAUGGUGUAGCCUUCAUACUGGUUUAAAUUAAAAUAUCCAAGAAUGUCAUAUUUUGAUGUUGUUUUUGUUUGUUUUUUUACAAGUAGCUUAUAUUUACAUGAAUAAAUACAACCUGUGGUUCUUCCUUUAAAGUAACUCCGGAGACGAGACAAGAAAUAAGAUGGUCACAAAAGCAAUCAUGUCCGAAUAAAAAUUGUUUUUUUCCAA